UGCAAGUAGUUCGUGCAUUUUGCUUGCACUAUGCUCACAUCGAGUUUUCGAUUCUCAAGUAUUCUAAGUACAUUUUUAGUGUAGAAAAGUUGGAAAAAUGUCUUCUAGUAUUGCAUUGGGAUUAACGUGCGCACUCUGCCUCGCACUUCGUGCGGAAACGAAAAGCCGAUUCUUGGCGCUGCCAUACAUGGACCCGCCUGAUACGCUGCUAGAUCAACAUGCCAACUGAGCUCGCCUUUGCAGCGAACCUGGCGCUGGCGCUCCGCCCUACAGCCUCGCUCCCGACCACGUCCUGCGCUGCCUCUGGAACAGCUCGGUCCUCUCGACAGCGCCACAGGAUGCCCUGCUUCUUCACACCGACAACACCACCCUCCUGUGUUACAUCCUCGACGGCCGCUUAGAUCCCCUAGAACCGCGGCAGGUGGAGGUCAGCCGCGCGGCGGUCGCCGCCUUGGACGCGUGGGUGCGUGUGGAUAACGGCAGCAGUCCGCCCUGGGAAAGCUUGAUGCGUGGGCAGGCCUACUCGUUGGCAGAGUACGGGGUGUGGGCGGUGCCUAUCAACCGGACGGUUCUCGCGGUGGGACGGCGGGCCGCCUGGCUCCCGUGGACCGUCACCGUGCGGGUGCGGCGGAAGAACAGUACGGUGGAGGUGGAGCGGACCCGGUUCACCGUGGUGGAUCCGUAUUCGGAUGCGUAUUUGAGUUGGUUGUGGGGGAACCCGGUGAGUGUGUCGGAUUUCCGGACGCAGACGGCCGAUGGCGGCAAAGCGCUGACCAUCCGCAAUCCCUGCAAUCCGCAGAUCACCAUCCUCAUCCGGACCCUCCCGGACACCGCCGCCGGGACGCUCCGGGUGUACUUCUCCGUCUCCUGGUCGAUGAGCGCUCUGAUCUUCACCGGCUGGCGGAAGGUGGCGACUCUUCCUAGUAACUGUACCCUGACCGCCGCCACGGGGCUGCCGGCAUAUAUCAUUCUGCACACAGCAUGCGGCGCCUACGUCACCGACCGCUUGGUAACCACGCCCACGGGCAACGAGAGGACGGAUGCGGCGCCGCGCGCGAUGCUGUUCAGUCGGGCGGCGGUGUUGGAUGGGUUUGCGGCGGAUGCCGGGGCCACGGCGUCGGAGUACUGCUAUAUACGCACCAGUCCGUCGAAGAUCGGGAGUACAGUGGCGUUUAAGAAUGCGGCUGGAGUCAGUGGAGUGGUCGUUCCGCCGUUUCAAGAAUUCAUUACGCCGUUGCUGUCCUAUCGGCCGCAAAACGACUCCGACCCUUCCGCACCCCGCACCUCCUUCUUCACCACGAUCCGCUCCAACCCCGCCGCCAUCAUCACCAGCCUCGUCCACCCCGCCACGAACCUCCACUACACCCUGUACCGCGCCAACGGCACCUUCAGCCUCUUCGCUCAACCCCUCUCCGACCUCCGCGCCUCCCUCCCCAGCGGCCGCAUCCUGACCACCUUCCCGGACACCUUCCAGCCGCGCCGCUUCCAGGCCCAUCCCCUCACUCAGCACCUUUACCUUCUCGGGAACCAGCUGUGGAUGAGCGCCGACGGGGCCCGCUUCCAGCUCCUCCACGACCGGGAGGUUACGGAGGUGACGUUCUCCCCGGGGGGCACGCAGAUGGCGGUGCGGAGUCCCGCCGGGGUGAUGGUGGGCGGGGCCUUUGGCGGGGCUCUGUUUCCGGUAGGGUGCACAGUGGACGGGAACCAGGCGGUGACCUUUGGGCCGGAUGAGCGGCUGUACGUGCUGGAUGGCAUGACAAACGGGGGCGCGGCGCGCUGUGAGGUCCAGCGGGAGGUGGUGCUCCCGGGGGCAUUCGCCAUGAUCCCGGUGACAUCGGCGGUGUUUUAUCUACUGGAGUGGGAUACCGGGAACGGGACGCGACAGCUGACGGAAGAGUUUGUCGGUUAUGAGUUCCGACAUGUCAGUAAUGCUUCCACCAGCUCCGGCGAUUAUGACAGCGGUGUUGUUGUGGACUUCCUCCCGGAAACGUUCGUUUCCACCACGAUUCCCGACGCCGGAUCCCUUCUCCAGAUUGAACAGUCCUCACCGCUCCUCGCCUCAGCCAGUGACCUUUCCAUGGGCCAGUUAUCCACACAGGAGAACCUAACCCUCACAUUUACCAACGUCACCGCACCCGUGACCUUUGCCUUAAGCACUUCCGGUGCCGACUGGUCCAUCCGUGUCGCGGCCUACUCCACCCUCAUCGCCGAGCAAUGGGAUCCCUACGGCGGGCUCCUCUGGCGCGGCAGCUUCAUCGUCACUGCACUAAACCCGGCCACGGGAUGGGCGCUCACCCCGGUCCCUGCCUGGAUCUCCACGGUGGACCUACGUCCCGGAGAAUGGAGGCUCGUGUCCAUAUCGAACCUGGAUCCCACUGCUCCGGCAUGGGUCCUCCGGGAGAGCGCGGAGGAGUGCCCGUAUCUGUUGACGUUAAACGGUUCGACCCAGUCUAUUGUCAACGUCUACCUUGACCGCGGGGAUACCGCGACCCUGGUGGUGUCCCUAAAACCGACCUUCACUCGCCGGCAGCACCGGGGACUUCCCAACCGUAUCCUGGCGUUCCGCACCGCCACCCCGCGGCUGCACAUUACCUCCAGAACCUCGGAGACCGCUUUUGGAGGUUAUGACCUCACGUACACCAUCGAGGAAGUCGGGACCACGAGCCAGGCGGAUUUCUGGUCGACCACCGUGACCUUUACCAUGACUUCCGGCAGUUCCGCUUGCCGGCGGCAGUUAAUCGUCCUGAACAUUGUCAGCGGAUGUCUGAAGGGCUCCGGACUCCGGUACGUCUUCCCGGACGGGAUGAGCGACGCAGAGUAUGUCAACGCCACCUUGACGAACAAAAUCGGCGACCCAGUUCUCGGACCGAUUCCGGUCAACUACCGCCCGCCCUCGGACGCCGACGGGAUCGACUUCCCGCGUUCCCCGAAUGUAUACAACGCCGACGUGUCGCAACCGGUGCGGACGGACUUCGCCGCGCCCGAUCAGUUUCCGGUGGUGUACAAACAGUGCGACGGCUGCUGCACAGAGGACAUGCGCCGCAGCAUGCUACUAGCCAACUCCGAGUGCCUCACCCAGGCGGUGUACCUCCCGUUCUCCGGGGACCAUCUCUUCCAGCUGCGUCUGGACACCGGGACCUCCAGCGGUCUCCUCCCGCCCAGCGAACCCGUCCUGGUCCAGGAGCUCAACAACCGGACGGCCUUCAGCAUCGUCCUCCCGGACGGCAGCCACACGACGCUGGACCUCCUCCGCGCCCGGAUGGGGAACACCUCCGGGAUCCUGGUGGCCUCCAACAGCACGAUCCGCUUCACCGGGACGGGGUUGUUCCAUCUGCGGGCCAGUGCGCUGCCGGAGAGUUCCUACUGCACCUUGUCGACAGAGUGGAUGCUGUGGGUGUACCAGGCCCCGUUGGCCUUCCCCCUGGGGCAGAUCUGCCAGGUGGUGACCUUGUUGGUGGUCAGUGUGUGGUUGUUCGUCGUCCUCACGGCGUUGGGCGAGGCGACGCUGGUCGACCGGCGCCGGCGGACGGCGCAGCGCAUGCCCGACCGGAUUCCCUUGGUCGACGCGGCGGCUAAAUGAGCCGAUUGUAAAAGUCAUGGGUGUGCCUAGCGGUAUUCCCCUGAUUCUACCGUAAACGCAAUUAAACAAGCGACACCCUAUUGUACUUUAUUUCUGGUAAAUUCUGCGUUGGAUUCGUAACUAAUAGACGUAUUUCUGGUGAUACUCGUAGUAUAAAUUAAAACGCAUUUCGGAAGAAUUUGUAAUUAUUUAUGGCGCAAUAUUCCGUGCGGUUUAUGCAGUUCUGAAAUAUUUAUUUGAUU